UUGAGUAUUGUUCAAUUAGGGAAAGGGUAAAUAAACAGAAAAAUGAUUGCGGAUUUCCACCUAUUGCGGACAAUCAGCGCCGCGAUGCGCCACCGCCAAAUCGGGGAAGGCCUCUCCAAUAUCCAUCGCCGCUUGUUACACCUCGGUCCAGACACCGUUGAAGAGUUAUUCGAAAGGCAUGUAGUGAAGGACGAUAACAAGCACCUCGAUGAUGACGAAAAGGAACUUUUGACUCGGCAGCGACUCACCAGCACUCGCCGCGAGGCUCUAAGCCUGUACCGUGAUAUCAUCCGAGCGACUCGCUUCUUCAUGUGGCCUGACUCGCGAGGCGUCCUUUGGCGCGAUGUUUUGAGGGAAAAUGCGCGCAAGGAAUUCGAGGCUGCGCGCUUUGAGAAGGACCCGGAGGUAGUGACUCGGCUGCUUAUCGGAGGACGGGACGCAGUGCAGGCGGCGAUCGAUAAGCUCGUGGAGAAGCAGAAGGAGCAAAUCGAGAAGGAAAGCAAUGAGUCGCGCCGCUGAUGAUGUUAAUGAUGAUCGAGAGCUUUGCCCAAUCACAUAACUUAUAUUGGUUGCUUCAGUACACACUUAUAGUGAAUAAAGCUUGUGGUUCUGUUCUACUUCCAAACCUUGCUAGUUGAUGAAAAUCAAGUCUGCUAUUUUAUCUUUCCUAGCUAAGUGCGCCAACUCAAUUUGUAUCCAGGAUUGUCACCAUAUCUUUUACUGUUAAUAUUAGAAGAAAGAGUUGUUGAUGCUA